UAUAGGGGUAUAUGUUCAACAACCGUUUGUUUGGCGCGUACAUGAUGAUGAGUGUGCACCACUGGUAUUUUAAUUACUGGGGCAAAGCAAAGUUAGUAGUAGGAGGAGUGUGGUGUAAUGCCAGAGAGGGUUUUCACUCUCAUGGACCUUCCGCUUCUCAGGAACUCUCCCCAAUUUUCUUCAAGAAAAAGAAAAUACCUUCUCCUAUUUGCCUUCUUUGGUGCCUCCGGUUACGCCGCCUAUAGGGCUUACAAUUCACCCUAUGUCGCUCAAAAACGCCACCGUAUUGCCAAGCUCCUCAGAACCUUCGUUACCGUCACCGAGUUAAUUUCCGAUUCUGCACACUCCCUCACCGUUAUCUCUAACGACUUGCACCAAUUCCUCGCUUCUGAUUCCGACGAGAUCCCCACCAGUUUGAAGCAAUUAGCGAAAAUCGCCAAAUCGAAGGAAUUCUCAACGUCGCUGGCUAGGGUUUCCGAGGCUGUGACGAUUGGGGUUUUGUUAGGGUAUAACUCACGGGCGGGUAAUGAUAAUAACGGUAUUGCUUCCUUGGAAAUCACCGCGGAAGCUUCUAAAUUCUCUGAUAGGGUGUUAGAGAAGCUAUUCUCGAAGGCUGGGACGGGUUUUGCGUCCGUUGUGGUUGGGAGCUUUGCGAGGAACUUGGUUUUGGGUUUCUAUGGUGCCGAAUCAACGGGGGAGAGGUCUCAAUCGGGGGUUCCUAGAUGGGUGAAUGCGAUUUAUGAUGAGAGGUGUGGCAAGUUUAUUGGGGAUUGUGUGCAGAUUUUUGUGAGCACUGCGGUUGCUGUUUUUCUUGAUAAGACAAUGAAUGUCAAUACCUAUGAUGAAAUGUUUGCGGGGUUGUCGAAUCCCAGGCAUCAGGAGAAGGUGAAGGAGAUUUUAGUUUCCAUGGUUAAUGGGGCUGUUGAGACCUUUGUCAGAACUUCGCACCAUGUUUUGUCUAACCGGAGUGAGAGGUUGAAUUCGGGUUUAUCUAUGUCUUCUGUUGUUGUUCCAGCAAGUGAAGACGGGUGCCUGAAACAGGAGGUUUUUCUGCGGCAGGUCAGGAUUGGAAGCUCGGUUGGGGGGGCUCAGGAUGUUGGGUGGCUUGAACAGAUUAAGUCAACGCUAGCGGUGCCGGCUAACCGAAGGUUUGUGCUUGAUGUCACGGGGAGGGUAACGCUUGAAACGGUGAGGUCAUUUGUGGCGUUUUUGAUGUGGAGAAUAACGGAUGGAUUCAAAAGUAGUGUUUGUAAGGUUCAUGAUGAGGUAGUGAACAAAGGACUAGAAGUGGUUAGAUAUAUUGCAGCCAAGUCAUCGGUUAUUUUUACCUUGUGCCUUGCUUUGUAUUUGCAUAUUGUGGGUGGUAGUAGGAUUGUUUUGCCUGCUUAGUAUGAUGUUUCAGCCUACCUCUUAAUUGUAAUGCAGUUGGAAUAUAAUGCAGAAAAAUCGGAUCUUUCAGUUAGGCAGCAUA